CCAGGCUUGUGGGUGGGAUGAGCUUGAGCACGCAGAGUGCUCGGGUGAGUGUGAGCCCCUCAGUAGUGGGUGGGCUCAGGCACAGGCCCCAGUCAGUCACCCUGGUCCCGCAGCAAACCAGUAUCCCAGCCGUAGCAGCUGUUUGGGGCCCUGGGAGCCCCUGCCAUUGUGCAGAGGGCACAGGGGACAAAGGCCUGGGAGGUCAGGGGCUAAGGCCGAGGCUGGCUGUGAACAGGCUCCUGGGGACAGGGACUUAAUGAUGCAGAACUUAAUGACCCGGAGUCUGUGGGGAAGGGGGCCUCCCUUGGAGGAGGAGGAAGAGGAGGAGGAGGGGGAGGAGGAAGUCCAGCUGCCAGCUGUCUGCUCCAGGAUGCACUGCCAAGGCAGGGGCAGCUGCCCCACAAGGUCCAAGCCUGAGCUUGGUGCUGGGAGAGGUAGAGGUGGCAGGGCCUCCCAGCCUCCAGUUCCUGGGCCUGAAAUUUGGAGCUUAGCCCUGUUCCUCAGCAUCUUCGUGACCUCAAUCUCCACAUCUGUUGGAUGGGCCAGGGGUCUGCUUUGGAGGGCAGCUGUGAGGCUUGGCAGGAGCCCAUUGCAAGUGGGCAGUAAACAGGAGCUGCUAUUUUUACUCUUUAUUCAUCCGUUCAUUCAGAGAGCUCUCACUGCUCUGUGCCAGGCUCCCUGCCAGGUGCUGGGGACGCAAAAAUGAACAAGCCCAGUUACCUUAAAAGGUGGUGAGGCCUCAGACACAACAUCACAGUGCAGUGGGUUGGUCACUACAGUACAAGAAUGCACAGUGUGCAGGCCCUAUGCCAGGAGCAGGGGCAUUGCGGUAAACAAGCCACAUAUGGCACCUGCCCUCUGGGGCCGCAGAUUCUCAAAGCGUGCUAGGAAAUCAGAGGCAGAAACUAUUACUACCAGCUGGGAUAGCCAGGGAGGGCUCCAUGGAGGAGGAGGUGGCAGCAUUUUCGAUUGCUGGCUUUGGUGGAGAUUUCUGUCUAAACACCUUUGCCUAUUAUGGGAAUCACAGGACACUCCUGGCCUCUGCUGUGCUCCAGACUAAGCUUCCUGCUUUGACAUUUUGUUCUCUCAUUUAAUCCUCAUAGGAUUGUGGGGAGGGUAUUUUUAUCCUUAUUGUAUAAAUGAAGAAACUGAGGCUCAGCAAGGUAAAGUGAUGGCCCAGGGCCACAUGGCAGGUGGACAGAAUGCCCUUGGUUGUCCAUGCAAGCUUUGCCUGUCUUCCUCCUGUGAGAACCCUGGGCUGGGUGGGGCUGUCCUGGGAGGAUCCUUGGGCAGGGGCUGCAGCAGGGACUCAGAUCUGGCCCAGCUGUUUUCUUUAUAAGAUGCAUGACCUUGAGUGAGUUACCUCCCACCUCAACCCAGCCUCAGCUGCGUCCUCUGUAAAAUGUCAAGGAUUGCAAAUCUGUGGCAGGCCUGGCUUGCCUUCCACCGCUGUGCCCUUGGCAGACAUCGCCAAUCAAUUGCUGCCCUCUUCCCCUGCUGAGUUCUUCCCCUGACCUUGGGCUCUUUCCAGGGCUCUGGGCAGGCAGCUCCAAUCAAUCAGUGGGGCCUGUGAGCUGAAGCCUGCUUGCCUGCCUGGCCUCGAUGAGCUCAGAGGUCGCUCCAGCCCAUCUCCAUAUGGUACCAGAAUUAGGGACACUGGCAGGUUCUCUCUGUGGAUAUAGGUUGUUCUACGAUUGCGGGAGCUGUUGAGGUGUAAGAGUGUUGCCUCCCUCCAGCUCCAAAGAGACCUGUGUGCAAGUGGCCGAGUGCAUGCUCACUUCAAGUGCCCUGGGGGGCUUCCAAAAGCUUUCAUCCUACAUAAUAGUAACAGCCUUUAGUGAGCUCUUUCUGAGAGUUCUGGUCCUUCAUGGAUACUCUCUCAUUCAUCAUUCUGCAGAGCACCUACAGUGUGCCUUUUGGCACCUCUAGGAAGAAAUCUUAACCCAUUUUAGAGAUGAGAAAACUGAGGUUCAGAGCCAUUAAGCAGAAUAGGAUAGUGCGCUUGCUGAGUGGCUGAAUUGACAUUGACCACUCAGGUCUCGAGGUUCACAGCCUGAAGCCAGGCUGAGUGUGGCAGGCUGACAGGGCAGGCUUCCUGGAGGAGGUGUCCUCAAAGGCCUUAAAGAUUGGUGGUCUUCUGACAGGCAGAGCUGGAGCUUCUAAGAAAGGGACAGGCCCCCCUCUGGGUAAAAGGAAUAGCUUGAGAAGCAGCUCAGAGACAGGCAGGCAGGAGUGACCCAGUGUGGGUUGAGGGACCAGUAUGUCUGGAUUUGUUUGGAAUAUGGAGACAUGGGGGACUGUGAAAGGAGCCAGGGCCAUUCUGGGCAUUUGGACUCCAUGGUAGGGAAUUGUGGCAGCUCUUUGAGCAGAGGAAUGAUCCCAGCUCAUCUCAGUGUAUUUAAUCAGCAUUUCCUUGAACCCAGGGUGAGGUUAGCUGGUGCUUGGGGCUACCUCGGUCUACCAGAAGCUUUAGCCUAGAGCAGCAUUGAAUGAAUAAGCAAACAAAUGUUCACCAGACUGACCACCGGACUGACAUGCUUCUGACUUUCCCAGUGGGCCCUGCUGCCAGGAGGAGAGAGGCCAGAGGCCUGGGGUGGUGGCUGGGGGAGGGAGCCAAGCGGACACCAGGGGCAGGGGCUUCCCUCCCAGCACUCUACACCUUGCUGUCCCUACCCACAGCCCCUCCUCAACCUUCCCGCCCCAGAUGCAGAUAGCCUGGACCCGGUGCUUGGGGGGGAUAAAAGAUGAAGGUUCGUGACCAUUUUUUAACUCAAUAAAGGGAAAGACGAGCUGCAGGCUGCAGGCCGGAGAUAUAAUUAGUUCGCAGCAGUGGCGCUUUCUUGAUUUAGCUUCUGAGAGAACAAGACAAGGAUGUUAUACCCAAUUAGCAGUAACAUCCAGUCGGAGCCUCAAUAGAGACCCUGCUGCACAGUGUGCCCCACCACGGGCUCCCAGCUCAGCCAUGCUGGCCUGUCUCCAGAGGACCCAGAACCCACCGGUCCAACACCUGGCCUGCCCGAGCAAAAGCCUGGAGCUGCGCAAGUGGGUGUCACAGGACUGUGUUCCGUCAGUGAAAGUUCAGCUUAUGAUGUGUGCGGUUGCCUUCCCGGACUUUACACCCGAUCCAGAGCUUCGCAGUGAAGGAACAGGUGAGACGGCGGCCAGCUCCAUGCAUUCGUCCCGCUACCCGAGCCCGGCCGAGCUGGACGCCUACGCCGAGAAGGUGGCCAACAGCCCGCUGUCCAUCAAGAUCUUCCCCACCAACAUCCGGGUGCCCCAGCACAAGCACCUGGGCCGCACCGUCAACGGCUAUGACACCAGCGGCCAGCGCUACAGCCCCUACCCGCAGCACGCCGCCGGCUACCAGGGCCUGCUGGCCAUCGUCAAGGCCGCCGUCUCCUCCUCCUCCGGUGCCACCGCGCCCACCGGGCCCGCCAAAAGCGUGCUCAAGAGCGCCGAGGGCAAGCGGACCAAGCUGUCGCCGGCGGCCGUGCAGGUGGGCAUCGCGCCCUACCCGGCGCCCAGCACUCUGGGGCCCCUGGGCUACCCCAAGCCGCCCGAGGCGCCCGCCCCACCGCCCGGCCUGCCCGCGGCCGCCGCCACCGCCGCCUCCGUCAUCCCCCUGCCCGGCCGCGGCCUGCCCCUGCCGCCUUCCAACCUGCCCUCCAUCCACAGCAUCCUGUACCAGCUCAACCAGCAGUGCCAGGCCCCGGGCGCCGCGCCCGCCGCCUGCCAGGCCGUGGCCGGGCCCCACCCCAGCCCGGCCAAGCACGGCCCCGUGCCCGGCUUCCCCGGCAUGGCCUACACGGCCGCCGCCACCGGCCUGCCCGACUGCCGGAAGGGCGCCGAGCUGGGCCAGGGAAGCGCGGCGGCCUUGACAUUGGCUGCGGCCACCAAGCCCGCGGGCUACGCGGACGGCGGCCUGGAUUACCUGCUGUGGCCGCAGAAGCCGCCCCCGCCGCCGCCCCAGCCGCUGCGGGCCUACAGCGGCGGCACGGUGGCCAGCAAGUCCCCCGAGGCCUGCGGGGGGCGGGUGUACGAGCGGGCCAGCGGGUCGCCCCUCAACUGCGGCAUGGGGCUGCCCACCGGCUUCACCGUGGGCCAGUACUUCGCCGCGCCCUGGAACAGCGUGCUGGUGACCCCCACCAGCGAUUGCUACAACCCGGCGGCCGCUGUGGCGGUCACCGAGCUGGGGCCGGGGGCGGCCCGGGAGCUGGCGGGGCCCUCCGUGGAAGCCCUCUCGGGCCUGCCCAGCAAGAGCGUGUGCAACACGGCCGUGCUGAGCAGCAGCCUGCAGUCGCUGGAGUAUCUCAUCAAUGACAUCCGGCCGCCCUGCAUCAAGGAGCAGAUGCUGGGCAAGGGCUACGAGACGGUGGCUGUGCCCCGGCUGCUCGACCACCAGCACGCCCACAUCCGCCUGCCCGUCUACAGAUAAGGCCUGCCCGGCGGCCGCACGGACAGACGGACAGGGCGCCGAGCGGGGAGGCAGGCCGCGGAACAGGGUGGGCGGCGCACCGGGGCACCCGACCUCGCCCUGUGCCCGAGUGCCCGUGGAUGCCCACAGGGAAGCCAGGCUGGCCGCCGCUGCCGUGCGGCCACCCGAUGGGGAGCAGCAGGGCGACCUGGCUCCCCUAAGCCCCUCCCUGCCAUCGGCUGCCCUAGGACAUGGGAGGGCCCAGGGCAGCCACUGCCGUCCACCACUUCCUCCAUCCAAGCUGGCAGAGGCAGGGAGAGAGAAACCACUUUAAAACAGGAAUGGUUCUUUCUGGCUUUCCCAGGAGAGGGGCUCAGGCCAGGGUGGGAUACAGGAGGACAGGUGACGGUCUAGAGUCAGGGUGGGGUCAGAGCAGCCCCCCGGGGGUCAGACAUCUCCUGCCCCCACGAGCUCCCCAGUCUCCUGGAAAAGGAGCAGAGAGAGGGUAAAGGGAGUCACAGGGCCUACAGUGUCCCCCAUUGGCCAAUCCAGGUGAAGACCACUCUAACAGAGGCUCCAAGGACUACCAGGCCCCCUGCUCCUCCUCCUCCUCUAGAUCCUCCCUCCCCUCCUCCCAUUCCUUCCCAACACAGAAUUGUACCCCCGUCCCCAAUCUCUCCAAACCCUGUACUACCACCUUCCCCCUUCUCUCCGCAUCUUACAGGGCUGCUGGGCACAGCUGUACAGGCUGUGCACUGCACAAGGGCACCUUGUCCAAGGAGACACCAUUUGCAUCCUAGACUUGUAUAUUUAUUAUGGCAAUUUUCUGAAUCUUGAGGAAGGGGUGCCAUUUCCCCUAUUCGCACAAAGGCACCACAGGGGCUAACGGUGGGCCUGCCAUCUUAGACACCAGUCAGAGGGACCCUACCCUGCCUUCUUCAAGGGUUCUCCUGGGAACCAGCAAGGAGGCAACCUACUGGUUUUAGUUGGGAGACUUGAUCCAACUCCUUUCCUGCGAGCUGCCCUCCAAGGCCUGCUGCACACCACUGAGGGUAGGGGCGGGGGAGGCAGGCAGGGACACCCCCCAACCCUCACCCGCUGUUACAUCCCCCAGGCCCGAAUUCCCCAAACCCCGGCCCCUCUGGCACUCCGGAAGCGGUACUGUAUCUCUCCAAGGCCUGUUCAAGCACUAAGUGCAUUUACAAAUCUCUGAGAAUGUUUUUUUUUUAUACUAAAAUUGACCAUUAUAUUCUACUGUGAGAAGUGCAGUCUGCACUAUAUUGUUUUAAAAACGAAGAGAAAGAAAAAAGAAGGAAAACACAGAUGGUGUCUCA